GUUCGGGCAGCUACACACACGGAAAACACGCCUCAUCACGACUGCGUGGAUUUUUUGUUUUACAGCGGUUCGGGGAACAUUUGGACCCAUUUGUUCGGAGUUGUUCAAGCCAGCCUGGCGGAUCGGGUUUCUAAUGAUGCGGCAUAUCUAUCUCCCAUCCUAAAUCGGCGAGGUUCAGAUCCCCACGUGUUUCAUUCAGGCUGUAAAAGCACACAGUCGCCUCGAAGCCCGACCUACUCGGCCACGUUUACUUCCCCCCCCCCGAGUCGUUCAUUUUCUUGGCUCGAUUUCGGGUUUUUUCUUUUGUAUGUGUGCGUAUGAACCCGGCCCUUUUUUUUUUAUUUCCUCGGAGAGAUUCCGUUGAAUGCUUUUUUUGUAUAAAAAGCAUCCCUUGGGAAAAGGCUGUAGUUAAAACGCCACAAAAAGGCUGCUGUGUGCCAGACAGCUGCUCUCACGUAGGCUUGCCGUCGCACUACAAUGACCGCUGUGGCUGUAGGCUCCCUGCAGUAAGCACUUAAAGGUUAUGCUGUCCGAAACCUCCCAGCUGAGUCUGAGCAAAAGAGAAAAAGGCUAACGCACAAACGUAAAGACGCACACAGCACACCAAGCCAUGGGCGACUCUCAGGACAUUGGAGAUGCCAGUGCCACUGCAGGACUAGCUGGACACUUUCCGGCUGCCGUGCCUCUUUCUCCACGACGGCACGGUGACGACAUCGACGACGAAGAUGACGGCGACCUGAACAAGACUCUAGGAGUGCAGCGCUUUCAACAGAUCCUUUCCCCAGCACAGCGCCUACCUGAUGAGCAGCACCGCACCUUCAACCAGGAGGAUUUAGAAGGCCAUCGCCACUUACCCCUGCAUAUCCACCACCCACUAUCCAAACGGCUGCCAUCCGAGAGCCGGGGGAAGAAGAGCGGGCGCAAAAGGAAGAGCGGGAGGAGGCGGGGCUCAGCCAGCAGCGGUGGAGCUCCCACUAUAGAGGAGGAUGAGCAAGAGGAGGAAGUAGACGAGGACCACUGUAGCCCACAGGAUGGAGACGGAAACAUCACCACACCUACAUCUGAGAACGAUCAGGACUCUCAGGCAGAGCCGGUGCAGUUCUUUGUGUGUGAUGAAGACUCCAAUGGCACUGCUGUGGUCAAAAAUAACCUGGGUACUUCAGCUCGCCUGCUCUCUAUCGUCCCCGAGUCAGCCCUACACAAGAGCAGCACUAGCCCUGAGGACGCCACUACAACUGACUUCAGCGACGCAGUGCACGUCCAGGCCAACGGCAGGACAACGUCUGUUCCUCCGCUCAUGUCUCCUGAUGCCAGCUCCAGGUUGGCUCGCAGCUACGACCUGCAAGAGCGCCGGCGCACAGGAGAUGUGACCGCCACCGAGCUGGCUCACUACCAACGCAUGCCAACUGAUGAGAGCGAGGCACAGAUGUUAGCCACCGCCGACUUGGAUGGCAUGAAGAGUCACCGGUUUGAAGAUGUCCCAGGCGUGCGACGUCACCUGGUCAGGAAGUGCAGCAAAGGGCAAGUGGUUCACAUCAGCAAGGAUCACAAAGAGCCGUGCGGCCGCAGCCGCAAGCUGGACAGAACCCCGCACGAGGUGUUCGUGGAGCUGAACGAGCUGGUGAUGGAUAAGAAUCAGGAGAUGCAGUGGAGAGAGACGGCUCGCUGGAUCAAGUUUGAGGAGGACGUGGAGGAGGAAACGGACCGCUGGGGAAAACCACACGUCGCCUCACUGUCAUUCCGCAGCCUGCUGGAGCUGCGUAGGACCAUCUCACAUGGUGUCGUGCUGCUGGACCUGGACCAGAGGACACUGCCUGGCAUCGCACAUCAGGUGGUGGAGCAGAUGAUCAUCUCCGACCAGAUCCGAGCAGAAGACAGAGCCAACGUGCUCCGAGCACUGCUGCUGAAACACAGUCACCCGAGCGAUGGGAAGGAGCAUAGUUCAUUCCACAGAAACAUCUCUGCAGCCAGCCUCACCUCACUGAUGCCUCAUCACCAUAGCAACAACCACGUCGCCCCUCCAGAACCUACCGCCGCUGACCCGCUCAUAGCAGGAAACACCGAAUUAGACUCCCACCACUGUACUGAUAUCGACAAGAACGAUCUACAGCGAGAGAAAGAUACUCUAGUGCUAGGCUUGCACAAAUCCAAAUCCAGGCAUGAGCUCAAGCUCCUGGAGAAGAUCCCAGAAAACGCAGAGGCCACCGUCGUACUCGUGGGUCGGGUGGACUUCCUGGACCAGCCGUCCAUGGCUUUUGUGCGUCUGCAGGAGGCAGUGCUGCUGGAGUCUGUGCUGGAGGUGCCGAUACCGGUGCGCUUCCUGUUCGUCCUCCUCGGCCCACCCAUCGCUAACAUGGACUACCAUCAGAUCGGCCGCUCCAUAUCCACCCUGAUGUCUGACAAACAAUUUCACGAGGCUGCAUAUUCAGCAGAUGAGCGCAGUGAUCUGCUCACAGCCAUUAACAGCUUUCUGGACUGCAGCAUCGUGCUUCCUCCGUCUGAGGUAGGAGGCGACGAGCUGCUGUACUCCGUGGCUCGGUUCCAGCGAGAGAUGUUGCGCAAGAGACACGAGCAAGAGGUCAAAUUACAGGCCAAGGAACCCAAGAGGCCAGAGGAUGAGGCUCUUUUGCCCCCGGAUAAACCCGUAGAUGACCCCCUGAGGAGGACGGGACGCCCGUUCGGUGGGGCCAUACGAGACGCACGCAACCGUUACCCCAAAUACCUCAGUGACUUUAAGGAUGCCCUCAACCCUCAGUGCAUGGCUGCUAUCAUAUUCAUUUACUUUGCUGCCCUCUCUCCUGCUAUUACCUUCGGAGGAUUGUUGGGUGAUAAAACUGAGGGCUUGAUGGGUGUGUCUGAGUUAAUCGUUGCCACUGCAGUCCAGGGGAUUUUGUUUUGUCUGCUUGGAGCUCAGCCGCUUCUAGUGGUUGGCUUUUCUGGACCUUUGCUAGUGUUUGAAGAAGCGUUCUAUUCUUUUUGCACGUCCUACGGAAUGGAGUACCUGACAGGACGGGUGUGGAUCGGGUUUUGGUUGGUGAUUAUCGUGGUGGUCAUGGUGGCCUUUGAGGGAAGCUUCCUGGUGCGUUUCGUUUCCCGUUUCACGCAGGAGAUCUUCUCCUUUCUCAUCUCCCUCAUCUUCAUCUAUGAGACGUUUUCAAAGCUUGCCAAGAUCUUCAGAGACCAUCCUCUCACCCCUUGCAACAGCACAGCAGAAAAUGACACUACACUAGAGAAAUCGGGCAACUCCAGCACAACUCGAGACAUGCCUGUGAAUGUACUGAACCAGCCCAAUACAGCCCUUCUGUCCCUGGUGCUCAUGUCAGGAACCUUCUUCAUUGCCUUUUACCUGCGCAAGUUUAAGAACAGUGCCUUCUUCCCUGGCAGUCUCCGCAGGGUGAUUGGAGAUUUUGGUGUUCCCAUCGCUAUCUUCAUCAUGGUUUUGGUGGAUUAUAGCAUCAAAGACACCUUCACGCAGAAGCUGAGCGUUCCGGACGGCUUCAGCGUGACCAGUCCAAAGAAACGGGGCUGGGUGAUCAACCCACUGGGCUCUGACGGUCAGUUCCCGAUCUGGAUGAUGGCUGCCAGCAUUCUGCCUGCCCUGCUCGUUUUCAUCCUCAUCUUCAUGGAGACACAGAUCACCACUCUUAUCGUGAGUAAGAAGGAGAGGAUGCUGGUGAAGGGGUCUGGCUUUCAUUUAGACCUGUUGAUCAUCGUAGCCGUGGGUGGGAUCUCGGCGCUGUUUGGUCUGCCCUGGCUGGCUGCUGCAACCGUACGCUCCGUGACCCACGCAAAUGCCCUCACUGUCAUGAGUAAGGCUGUGGCACCUGGCGAUAAACCACGCAUCCAGGAAGUAAAGGAGCAGAGGGUGACUGGACUUCUGGUAGCAGUUCUCGUUGGUCUUUCCAUUGUGAUUGGGGACGUGUUAAGGAAGAUCCCCAUCGCCGUUCUGUUCGGUAUUUUCCUCUACAUGGGGGUUAUGUCCCUCAACGGCAUCCAGCUGACCGAGCGUAUGAUGCUGCUGCUGAUGCCUCCCAAAUAUCACCCGGACCAUAUGUAUGUGCGGAAGGUACGCACUCUACGCAUGCACCUUUACACAGGCAUCCAGGUGGUAUGUUUGGCUGGACUCUGGGCCGUCAUGUCUACCCAGGCUUCAUUAGCUUUUCCCUUCGUCCUUAUCCUCACCGUGCCCAUCAGGAGGUUCCUGCUGCCGAGGAUCUUCACCCAGCGAGAGAUGCAGUGUCUUGACGCGGACGACGCAGAGCCCACCUUCAACAUGAGGGAAGGACAAGACGAGUAUACAGAGAUGCACGUGCCGGUGUGACCGCCGCCCCCGACUGACCCGAACCUGAACGAAUGAGUGGAAUCACACAAUCCUAUAGACUUUUCAACCCAUCACCUUUAUCACCAGUCAGUGACUAUUUAAAGUCACUGUAGUUCUGUUCCAUGACCGUCAUGCCUAUAGAAGCAUUUUAUCACUUUGUGACCAUCUGGAAUUUUAACUGAUUUAGUAAAACUAUAUUUGAGUAUUUAACGGUUGUCAGUAUAUAGUUGUUUAUCCACAAGGUUUAGUGUGUACUAACACCCAGGUGUAUAUUUGUGUAGUAAGUGUGAAACGUGACAAUCCCCCUCCCACACACACACACAAACAACCCCUCACCUUCCUCCCCCACAUGGAGCACUUUAUGACCAAUCAUAACGCUUUUGUUUUUGUUAUUGAUUUGUCAUCGUACUGAAACCAGGGUGAAAUCUGAUGUAGGCUGAAACACUUCAAACAUCUGGAAAUAUUUACGUAGUAGAACUGUUGGCAAGGUUUGUUUUUUUGUUUUUUUUCCCUUCGGACCAGCACUGAAAAGAAAGCGGUUGUUUUCACGAAACUCAGUGUUCUUUAAUGACUGUAUAUUUCAGAUCUAUUGCGAAAAAUAUGCAACUUUUCUUUUCUUUUUUUUUUUUUUAGUUACAUACACCGACUCACAUGCACUAACCAACCAGAGGUGCUGAAUAUCACCUGGAUAUCUUUUUGUGAGACUCAGCAAGAGUGAUACAACACGCUAGUUCAGUACGGUUGCCGUUCAUUUGGAACCAGCACUAAUCGAAUAAAUUCCUUAUUGCAAAUACUAUAUCACAUAUUGUCAGUUCUCAGCAUGUAUACGCACACACACGCACAUCCGGGUGAUGUUUGCCGUCCCUGGCGGUUGUCUGGUGAUGACAGAACUGCGGUUAUGUAUGUAACUAGUGUUUAUCGUUCUAUAUAUCGUUAUAUAUUUAAAGCCAAAUAAGUAUCAAGAGACCAGUGUAUAAAAAGCUGCGCUAUUGCUGUAGGGAGUUUAUCCGUUCCCUAAAUAGGAAAAAUUCGACGCUAAGUGUGUAUCUUCCGUUAUUGUGUGACUAAAUCUGCUUCAUUCUGAAAUACGUGGCUACUGAAUAUAUUUUUAAUCGUUUCACAUUAAAGCUGUAGUAGUUUAGCACUAUAACUGAAAGUGAUAAAGGAUGAUGGUACUCAGCAUUGCCAGGUAGGUCAAUGAAUUACAUUUUUAAAGGGUUCUGUGGUAUAGGCUGGCAAUGAUGAGCCACAUCUUAAAACUAUUUCAGGUUUUAAUCUAAAGAUAGGCGUCUGAUUCAAACGUUCGUGUCUACACAAUAGUUUUUAACAUUGUGCCUGUUUAUUUUAGUCUGAUUUCAUUAUUAAAAAAAAAAAUAGUUUAAUAUCCAAAGAUGCAGUAUAAAGCUGAAAUCUUGAACAUUUCUGCAUGUUUUGUUGUUUUUGGGGCCUAAUUAUAUUUUUCUACUUUGUCUGUCAGUGAGUUCAUAAUUCUUUUAAACAUGUAAUGGACAAAAAGAUGGGUUAAUUGUUACAAGUGCAAUCUGUCUUACAUUCCAACUAUAACACUCAAACUGAUUUUUUUUUUGUUUUGUUUUUUUUUUUCUUCUCAAAAUCUUGAACAAAAUGCUAUUGUACUUAUGUAUGGAACUGUACUUUUCCAUUUGCUCUUGCCAAAAACACUUGUGUUACAAUCACUUGAGCUUAUGAUGUAGUGCCUUUUAAUACGAUAUUGCUGUAAAGCGGGCCGGAUGAAACUGUGUAGUUGCUUUUGCUUGAUGAGAAAUCGUAAAGCAGAAGUGACCGUGUUUGUUAGUGUGAAUGAUGGUGAAGAGGUGUGAUUUGACCAUGAUGUGACUGUGUGAAAGCAGAAAGUCCUCUGUGUUUAUGCACAGUGCAGACUCAAUAAAGCAACUCAACAUUUCUACCCA